GGGCAGAUGACACUGGACUGUAUUUCAUGACCUUCCCAGCUCAUUGGUUUAUCCAGUAGUUCACUUCCAUAAAGAGAAAGUGGAGGAUUUGGAGGACUAUGUCUGAUUGCAAUAUAUACCUUCUUAACACAUCCUCAGCUCAGGAACUCCGUUUGGGUCACUGACUCUGACGACUCCUCCCGCAGAAAUCUGAUCAAGAUCCUACAGCAAUAAUGGCCACUGAGCAAAGGCUCUCGGCAAGGAGAAAGCACACCCUCAAGAGUUGCAUGCUGAUGGUAGCAAACAACUUGUUGGAGACAGAAGCUACAGCGAAGGCUCAGGAGCGGGAGACGUUCCUGGCAGAGGCAUGUCCUCCUGUGGACGUGCCGUACUCCCGGGAUGAGCUCCUGGAACUUUGCAAGAAACUUCAUGAGCAGAUUGGCGUCAGUGAAGAAGAGCGAUACUCUGCAGAAUUUAAGCUGAACUUGGUGCUUAAUGAGGUCAGGGACCUUAACAUCAAGAUUAUGGAUCUUCGAGGAAAGUUUAAGAGACCCCGACUCAAGAAGGUGCGAAUGUCUGCUGACGCCAUGCUGAAGGCCCUGCUGGGCUCCAAGCACACGGUCAACAUGGACCUGAGGGCCAACCUGAAGCAGGUCAAGAAGGAGGUCAAGGAAGAGGACAAACAGCUGCGGGAUGUGGGAGACUGGCGUAAGAACAUUGAAGACAAGUCUGACAGGAAGAAGAUGUUUGACAGUUAAAUGAAAACUCCAAACCAUCUGCCUUGAGACAGACCCUCAGGGCUGUAUCAGGUGUUGUCUCUGAGCAACAGAAGCAUUUUACUCCAAAAUGUGACAUGAAAGAAACGAGAUGGAAGGUUUGGUGGUCACCCUAAAAUAAUAUUCCAGGUUGUAGUCGUUGAUCAUCUAAAGAAAUAAAAGGCCUGCUAUUGAGAACCUUUGUAAAAAUUGUAAGUGAACUGUAAAAGUGAGCUGUUUUCUUCUUAAGUUGGUUUGUACUUUGUAAUUACUCAAAGUAUUUUCACAUUUCAGGAGAAAAUUCACUAAGAAUGAAAAAACGAAAGUUUGCUUUUGUAUGUUUUCACAUUUUGGAGCUAAUGCUUCUGGUUGAUGUAAGCUGCUUUCUGCUUUUGCUUGUCUGAAAACCAUUUUGAUGUAUCUGUGCAUAAGUACAAAAUGAUCGAUGUAGUUUUGCUUUUGCUUUUGGGCUAAAAUUUUACAGUAGUCUGAAAACACAAUCGCCAAUGUAACUCCACUGAUGCAGUUCUCAUUUGAGGACGUGGUUUAAAAUGUUUUGAUCUGCUUUGUUCCUUCUUCCAGACUUCUCUCGGCAUGCUCCUGUUGGUAAUUGUAGUGAUGAAACAUUAGCGCUACACUAUAACUGUCAGUUAUUUUGUAUGUAAGUACUGUGGUUCGACUGAACGUUCUGAUAAGAUUUGAACGCCACGGUCCUUUUGUAAUUAUGAUGGAAUGCAUCAACAUCCUCUAUAAAGACAACUUCCUCGGCUUCA